AUGGGGAGAACCAGGAAGAACAAGUCCGCGGAUGUGCACGAGGCGGAGGAGACGCUGAGUGAUGCCUCCGCUGCCCACUCAGACGCGAGUUCCGUGGCAGAGCAGCCCGUGACCAAGGCGAAGGUGUACCACGGCAAUAAGCUUAGCAGGACUGCCGGCGGCAAGGUCAAGAAGGAGGGGCAGGCGCAGCAGUCACCAGGAACAGUGGCGAAGGGAUCACGUGCGGAGGAGAACACGGCCGACGAAGUAGGGGUUAAGAGCAGGGGGGAGGGAAAUGUCGUUGACUCGGCGGCUGGCCUACCAGAGCAGCUGGAGGAAGAUCUCGCAGUCUCGCGCGUUGGACCCGUCGAGGUGCUGUACUGCCCUAUUUGUACCUUUCCUGCCGAGAUGUGCGAGUACAGUGGGAUGUAUGAGCAAUGCCGCCCGUGGCUGCUUGAGCAUGCUAAGGAACUUGCUGAGGCGGAAGAGCGCGGCCGCAAGCGGCGUGCGCUGACGGAGCGGGAGCGUCUGGAGCGACUCGUGCAAGGCCGCGGUACAAAAAAGCCAAUUGAACGCAUCGUCCUUUUGGAGGUGUCACAGCGUAAGGGGCGUAAGAUGACCACCUCUGUAAAGGGUCUGGAUCUAUUUGGCUUCAAUCUGAAGGACCUAUCGCGGGAAUGGAAAAAGUUGUUCUCCUGUGGGGCCGGCGUGACAUCGUCUGAGGAGUUGAAGCAAAACUCCAUUGAAAUUCAGGGCAAUGUGGUUACCCAACUCAUUGAGAUGCUGCCAGAGCGUUACAAUAUCCCCAAAUCUGCCAUCUACCAGAUGGAAGACAAGAAAAGGAAGUGCUGCAGUGAGGUAAAGUGA